CAACCUGAACCACCCAUGUUAUUUCCUUUUCUCCUUGUCCCAUUUUGCCACGUGUACUUCUCCAACGGCUAGUUUUUUCCCCUCACAUAUUUAACCAAGAAUCUUUUGCUUAGCCAAGAUAAAAAUCCUUUCUACAUACUUAAUUUUAAACUGUCUUUAUAUAAAAAACUAAACUUGACCCAUCUCAAUUAGUUCAUUUUCGAAAUUGGGUUUUGUAUUUUGGAUAAUAUUUGUUGGUAUUAUUGUGUGAUUUGGUGCAAAAAAUCAGAUCUUGGAGUUGGGUUUUGUGUGAAAAGUUCAAGAAAAUGGCAAUGAGGAAGAAAUGUGAAGAAAAUGUUGGAUUUGCAGGGCUUGUGAGAAGUACUUCAUUUGGUAGAAAAAGGGUUUGUUUGCCUGAAAUUGUGGAUGUUGAUGAUUUCAUUUGUACAACACCAACCAAGAAACUCUGCACUCAGAAUUCAUUUUCCAGUUCUUUGAAUGUGAAGUCUCCUCUUGAAGCCUUGCCUCAAGAUAUUCUGAUAAGGAUAGUGUGUGGAGUUGAUCAUGAUGAUCUAAAGAGGUUGUUUCAUGUAUCAAAGGCAAUAAGAGAAGCUACUUUGGUUGCAAAAAAAUGGCAUUUUGAAUAUAACACACCAAGAAAGACUGUUGGUUUCAAGAAGGCUACUGAUAUGGAGAAUUGGAGUGGUUCCUAUGAAGCUGAAGCGCCGAAUGCUCCUAGGCCAUCGAAGUUUCCAAGGUCUCGAUUGAGCCGAAAGAAGCUGGCUGAUAUAUCUGUUUCCUUGUUCUCAUCAGAUGGUGAAGAAAAUUGGCCGCGGAGAGAGUUGUUUAUGCAAAUGGACACUGAGAUGUAGAUUGUGGUUACCCGUGCCACUUGUGUAUAUUCUACUUGGUGCAUACCUCGACUAUUCCACAGGAUACAUGUUAUCUCUCAUCAACAUAGACACAUGGUAAUUCUGCCUAUCAAGACAUAGACAAAUGGGAAGAUCUGCUAUUAGUAGGCAUUGUUGUAGAAAUCAUAGUCAAAACAAAGGGUACAUCAGCAAAUAGUUAUCAGAUUGCAGGUUCUUGGGUACAUGUCACAACAAUCUUUAUAAGCCAUUGUUAUUCUUCAACCCUUUCAUUGAAGAUGGGGUGGCUUGUUUGUAUUUGUAGAGAGAUUAAUUUAGGUAUUUUGUUUGAAGGGCUGUGCUGGCGCUUCUCAUCUCAUAAGAAUUUUGGUUGUAUAUAGGAGUCUGGUCUCUAGUUGUACAAUUUGUUAAGUUAAAUGAAUAAAUAUGUAAUUCCACUUCAACUA